CUCCCAGGCGGAACUCACUGUAGGUAGGUUGCAUAUCUGGUCGGAACAUUUAGUGGUGACGCCGGAAUCGCGCUCUCGACGGAGAUUGCUGCGAAACAUGCCUAAGUUUUACUGUGACUACUGUGACACCUAUCUUACACACGAUUCGCCAUCAGUGAGGAAAACCCACUGCAGUGGCCGCAAACACAAAGAAAAUGUGAAAGAUUACUACCAGAAAUGGAUGGAGGAGCAGGCUCAGAGCCUGAUUGAUAAAACAACGGCUGCUUUUCAACAGGGAAAGAUCCCCCCCACACCGUUCCCUGGUGGCCCUCCUCCAGGUGGUCCUCCUCGCCCAGGCAUGCUACCAACACCCCCUAUGGGAGGUCCUCCUAUGAUGCCCAUGAUGGGGCCUCCACCACAUGGGAUGAUGCCUGGUGGACCAGGAGGCAUGAGGCCGCCGAUGGGAGGACCCAUGCAGAUGAUGCCAGGACCACCACACAUGAUGCGUCACCCUCGACCAAUGAUGAUGCCAGUCAGGCCGGGCAUGAUGCGUCCAGACAGAUAAGAACGAGUGGAUUUUCUCCGUUCUUUGUUGCCAUGAACAGAUACAGUCUAGUGAGGACACUCAGUUUAACACUUUGGUUUAUCUGUGUGACUUUUUAAAUUCUCAGCCCUGAACAAGAAGUCCCUGAAGUAAUUAUGUCAUUUUUGUCUAAUUACUUUUUCUGCUCAAAUCUUGGUAUUUAUUUGUAUUCUCCUCAUUAGAAUUAAGUUCAGAUCUCCAUUUUAAAGACAAUUUUUAAUUAAACAUCCUCUCCUGCGUUAGUGUCAAGACUGCAGUAUCUAGUCUCACUCUGCUAGCUGUUAACACACUUAUUUGGUGCGUUCUUGAAUACUUUGUUUUUAUUUGUGACUCUAUUUUUGCUUUUAUUUGACAUUUUUUGGUUGUAUUUCAUUGCAUUGUUUUGGGAAAUAAAAGUGAUUUAAAACCUA